CCGGCCGUCAGCGUCCGACCCCCUCCUGGUCCGAGUCCGCCGGGCUCUCGGGCUCGCCGUCCGCCGCGGGACAGGUAUUUUUUUUACUGUGGACGACCCUGUGCUCUGCCCUCCUGUUGCUGGCUGCUGGCUGCUGGCUGCUGACCCUGAGCUCUUGGUGGAGCUAGGGAAAGGGAUGGGAGUAGGGUAGGUGGGCUCCAGACAAGGCAGCCCUCCACAGACCCCCUCUCCCCCACCAUGUUCUGAUGAUGCUGCUCUGAGCCCCAGCACGUCUCAGCGUUUGAUCUAUGAACCUGCCCUGAACUGUGGAGCCUGCCUAUGGGGGAAGGCACUAGGGUUGCUCCUACCUCAUGGCUAUUGUGAAUAAAACUGUUCUGAACAUAGGUGACACCAUCUGGGCCCCAGCCAUCCUUCCUCACAGCACCCUCAGCACCUUAAGCCACUACCCCGAGCUGCAUUUUGGGAGAAAAAUGGAGUCUAAAGUCUCAGAAGGUGGCCUGAACGUGACCCUGACCAUUCGCCUGCUGAUGCAUGGAAAGGAAGUUGGAAGCAUCAUUGGGAAGAAAGGAGAAACAGUGAAGAAGAUGCGUGAAGAGAGUGGUGCCAGGAUCAACAUCUCAGAAGGAAACUGCCCAGAGAGAAUCGUGACCAUUACAGGCCCUACUGAUGCUAUCUUCAAGGCCUUUGCUAUGAUUGCAUACAAAUUUGAGGAGGACAUCAUUAACUCCAUGAGCAACAGCCCUGCCACCAGCAAGCCUCCGGUGACGCUGCGGCUGGUAGUUCCUGCCAGCCAGUGUGGAUCUCUGAUCGGCAAAGGUGGCUCCAAGAUCAAGGAGAUCAGGGAGUCCACAGGUGCUCAGGUCCAGGUAGCAGGGGACAUGCUGCCCAACUCCACAGAGCGAGCAGUAACCAUCUCGGGGACGCCAGAUGCUAUCAUCCAGUGUGUGAAGCAGAUCUGUGUGGUCAUGUUGGAGUCCCCACCGAAAGGUGCCACCAUUCCCUACCGCCCAAAGCCCGCCUCCACCCCUGUCAUUUUUGCAGGUGGUCAGGUAAGAGCCGACCCGCUCGCGGCCUCCACUGCCAACCUCAGCCUUUUACUGCAGCACCCGCCGCUGCCCGCCUACACAAUCCAGGGACAGUACGCCAUCCCCCACCCAGAUCAGUUGACCAAGCUCCACCAGUUGGCCAUGCAGCAAACCCCCUUUCCUCCCCUCGGACAGACCAACCCCGCUUUCCCCGGAGAAAAGCUGCCUUUACACUCCUCCGAAGAAGCUCAAAAUCUGAUGGGCCAGUCGUCAGGUCUGGAUGCCAGCGCCCCGGCCAGCACUCACGAGCUCACCAUUCCCAAUGAUCUAAUAGGCUGCAUAAUUGGACGUCAAGGGACCAAAAUCAAUGAAAUCCGACAGAUGUCUGGAGCGCAGAUCAAAAUUGCUAAUGCCACGGAAGGAUCGUCAGAGCGUCAGAUAACCAUCACAGGGACCCCGGCCAACAUCAGCCUUGCCCAGUAUCUCAUCAAUGCCAGGCUGACGUCCGAGGUCACCGGGAUGGGUGCGCUCUAACCAUACCCACGAUCCUCCAUUCCAUGCACCUGACAGCUCCAGCCUGCGGCCUCACAGGUCGUACACUGUACAGACCACCUGUCCUUCCUUGCAGAUAUGAUAGAGCGUUUUCUCUACUGACAGGCAGUAGUGCGUGUCUGCCAGCCAGGCCCCGUGCGCUCCGUGGUAGUGUAGCCUCCACGCAUUGGCAUGCAGCUCUUUACUUUAAUGCUCAUUGUAUUCCCAUAUGUGAUGUUGCAGAAAUUUGUUCCUCAGUGUUCUGUGACUGUCUGUUUAAGAGUUGGUUUGAUGCUUUGACAGUGCUUCCUGUGUCCUGCUGUCCCCUGUACUGAGUCCCUCCUCUCACCUGGCCUGCUGAGUCACGUCUCCCCAAAGAGCCAGUGCCAUCUUGGCUCAGAUUUCUACCCCAGAUCAUGGCGCUGCGAUGAAGGGUGCUUUUCCUGCAAUCUGCUGGAAGUACCCAGGAGAGGAGGGACUUGGGAUGUCUGAGGAGAAGGGUGGUGGGUGGUACCCGAGCUUCACUGGAAUGUCUCAUGUGGGAGAAUCACUUGUGGUCCCCAGGUGUUUUCCAGGGUGGCUAAGAGCAGGGACUCACCAGGAAGCCCGUCUGCACCCACUGGAGUUCAAUAAAUGUUGUGAGCCUC